AUGUCGAGCCACAGCUGCGAUAUCGAUUCGCAGAGGGAGAGGCAAGAGGUGGAAAUUGGGAUCAUUGGAAUGGGAGAUAUGGGCCGAUUGUAUGCCGAGAGGUUCAGCAGCGCUGGUUGGAAACAGUGAGUGGGCAGUUCGGUCAGAGGAACACGAUGCGAGGCUAGGCUAGGCUAGGCGAGGUCCUGAUGUGGGCAUUAGAUCGGCCUAGGCGUGAAGAGCAGAGUCAGGGCAUGGCAGAGCAUGGCAAAGCAGAGCUUGAAUGGCUGACUUGCACGCUCACUAUUUUCGUUCAGCGUCAAUGUAUGCGAUCGAUCAGAAAAUUACGAGAAGCUCAAAGACGACUAUCGAGGUGUGUGUAUAGUCUUUUCGCGGCAUGCAUGGUGCUCCAAGCCAAUGGAUCAUCGCAUUGCCCAACUCUACUCGUCUUACAUCAACCCCCCGCAUCGCUGCACAGACUCUGCGAUCCGAGUGUACAGGAAUGGACAUUUGGUAUCUCGCAGGUCAGAUCUGAUCAUAUAUUCCGUCGAGGCUGCAUACAUCGACCAAGUGGUAGCUCAGUAUGGUCCAUGUAAGUCAGUCUCAGACGCCCAGCCAGCAGACUGGUCAUACGCGUAGUCGAUCGCUCAACACCAACUUUCUCUGUCUCCAUCUGCGUGCACGUUUGCUUGCUUGCUCAGCUGCAAAGCAGGGCAGCAUCAUCUCGGGUCAGACCUCGGUCAAGGCUCCCGAAAGGGACGCUUUUGAAAGACAUUUACCGGACGAUGUGUACAUUAUCUCUUGUCAUUCUAUGCAUGGUCCCAAAGUCGAUCCGACAGACCAGCCAUUGGUGAGAGUCGUUGGCGCCCGCUUCCUUGCAGAGCAAGACGAUUCGACGUGACGUUGAAGCUUUGUUCUUCAUCGCUGGUGGACACAGAUUUUGAUACAGCAUCGAGCGCCGGAUGAAAAGAUGCGAUUGUUGGAGAGAAUCAUGAGCUGCUUCAGAUCCAGAUUUGUCUAUCUGAGCUACGAAGAUCAUGAUAUCGUCACUGCCAACACGCAAGCUGCUACCCAUGCCGCUUUCCUUUCGUAAGUGCUAGGCGUCGGCGGGACGGUGCGGCAACGCUGGCAGCUGACGAUGGAGACUUCGUGGCUUCAUUGUUGCAGGAUGGGUACGGCUUGGAGAGCUUCGGCGUCCUACCCUUGGGAGACAGGACUGUACCCGGGCGGAAUAGAGACGGUAAAGAUCAACAUUUGUCUACGAAUCUACGCUGCAAAGUGGCACGUGUACGCUGGUCUAGCUUUGCUGAACCCAUCUGCGCGCACACAAGUGGGCCAGUAUGCCGACAGCUGCACGGAGCUCUUCAAGCUCAUGGUGGCUGAAAAGGAGGCAGAGUUGAGGGAAAGGGUGAUGAGGGCUAGGAGAGGCGUUUUUGGAUGGAGAGAUGAAGAGGAGGGGGAAGGAGCUAGGACGACCGGAGCCAGAGCUUAUGCGGAUGCGAGAGGCGCAAAGGAUGAGAAAUCGUCGGAGAGGGAACGCAAACCGAUCUUGAUGUCGGACAAGAUGCUGGAUCGAUUUCAUCUGGUUGCGAGAAAAGCCUUGGGCGAGGGUUCUGCUUCGUCGGCGGAUCCAAACAGAGAAGGCACCCAAGGCGAGCGUCCCGGACUAGAUUCUGAGCGGAAACCUUUCGCAAGCAGUGAGGCAUCUCCAUUUUUGCCAUCAUCAUCCUCGUCAACGCCCCCAUCACCGCCGCCCAACUCUCACUUGGCAUUGCUUGCCAUUGUGGACAGCUGGCACGUCUUGAAGCUGAACCCGUACGCCGAUCUGGAUCUAGCCGCCACGCCCAUCUUUCGCCUAUGGAUAGGCGUGUGCGAAUACCUUUUCCGAUCGCCCGCUCGCAUCAAUAGCGCCAUCUCUGCCGCCAUACACGACCACACGUUUAGAGCAGACGAUACGGAAUUCGUCGUUGCUGCGCGCGGAUGGGCUCAGGCGGUCAGAUUCGGCAAUUUCGACCUGUUUAGAUGGAGAUUUGAAGAGACCAGAGAAUUCUUUGCUCCUCGAUUCGAAGAGGCGAAUACGAUUGGCGCAGAAAUGUUGAAGGCGGUUGCUAGCAAGGAGUAG